GCGCUGACUUCUUGGACUUGUUCUGCUCCCUGGCUGCUUUUAUGACAAUGCAUGUUUGGUCUCAGCUGGGAUGACCACUGAGCGCUUCUGAGGUCGAGCAGCGUUCAUUGAUGAGCACGCUGUCAGGUGUUUGCUGCGGCCUCCACUGCACCAGCUGUGGGAGUGCAGAGGGGGCGUUCCGGCCCCUGCCCUCAGCAUGCCACGCUCUGCUGGGCAGAACACAGGUCUCUCCAAGUGGGACCUGGUCUGGGCAGGUGUGCCCUGCUGUUGGCUGUGUAGCCAGCGUUUAUGGACUGCUCGCUUUGUGUUUGAUGUGCUUUGCUUUGUUCACUCCUUACAACAGCACUCUGCUGUGGCUCCAUUUCACAGAUGUGGAAACUAAGUCACAGAGAUCUUAAGCAUUCCUGUCUAAGGGGACACAGUAAAUGGCAGGGCUGCUGUGCAUCACGCUGCACACUGCCUCCCUGGCGUCUGGGUGUGUCCCCUGCGUGGAGACACAUCCCACUGGCAGCAGACCCACUGAGCACAGCUGGAUGGCACAGGGCUCAGAGUGGGGCCUCCUAGCCAGGACACAUCACUGGGGGGAUACUGUAGUUACUUGGUGGGUAGGCUGCUUUCAUCUCUGUUCUUAGGAAGAUAGGGUACUACUUGGCCUCCCUAAACCCUUUAAGCGCAUGGUUAUCCUAUUAAAAAUCCUUUUUGGGAAACUUACCUAGAUGCAGAUCCCAUGUUUCAUGUCCAUAUGGUACAGCAGUUCUUUCUUUGAAUCAAAAAUCUGAUCUUAAAAAUGAAAUAUUUUAGGUUAGGCUUUAUUUGCAAUUGAAGCUUCAAGGGAUUCUAGGACUAUCUGAAACAUAGUUUCUCAUACCUCCUUUUUUUAAAAAAAAAUUAUCAGGUAGGCAGAGGGCAAAAUCCCACAGUACAUUUGUACCUCUAGCCUUUAACCUUAAAAGGUAAGAUUAAGUUACAGGAAAAUAAGUUCUAGAAUUGUCUGGGUUCCAAUUUUCAAAACUCUAAAAUUAGAACUUGAUAAAAUGUAAUACGAAAUUGAAACUGAAACUCUCGCAUUGAAUGUUUUGCCAGAAUUGUGUCUCUUGUUUCUCUGUUCAGGAACCUGAAAUAGUUACCUCUUUCAUGGACACCAGGUGGAACUGCCCCAUGGCUUUCAAGCCUCCGCACUUGGGUGACUUUAGGUGCUGAGCCUUGCGUCCCACAGUUGGUCCCAGGGGCCUGGAUCCCCACCAGCCACCAAGCGCCCUGUUCCUGCCUUCACUUUGUCCAUUUUACUUCUGUCCUGGAAUGCCACACCCUCCCCCUGUCUAAAUUCUCUUUGUCCUCAUGCUUUAAGAUUCUGUGCCUGUGAAAAUUCCCUAACUCUUCCAGACCACAGUAAGCUCUUCCUACUCCGCCUUCUCGUUACAUAACCCUCGUCAUUUUACACAUGAGGGAACAAACAUGAGGAUCCAGGCCCCAUCGGAGCCUGCAGGGAACGGGGGCCUGGUUUUCUGAGCCUGGUCCCAAGCUGUUCCCACAGGUCAGGACCUGGACUCGGGGGACGCUCAGCAUGGCUGACUUGUCAUAGCAUUAUAUGGAUAAUUAACGCCCCCUGCCUGAUUCAAGUCCGUGCCUAAUGAAACUGAAGAACAGCAAUGCUAUUUUAAAUUUCUCAAAACAACGUGAGCCUUUUGUUUGUACUCAAGGAAAACAAAAAUAUAAAAUUAGUCUAAAUUGAAAUGCUGUAUCAUAGGACAUGCAUUUUUCUAGGAGAAGAACUGAUUGGAAUAACAUGUUAGUAAUUGCCACGUGGAAAUCAUAUCCUUGAAAGCUGGCAUGUUCUAAUACUAUGUUGUCGGUUUUUACUAGCUGUUGUGGGCUUGCUGUACCCCUGCAUCGACAGUCACCUCGGGGAGCCGCACAAGUUUAAGCGGGAGUGGGCCAGCGUGAUGCGCUGCGUGGCUGUGUUUGUCGGCAUCAACCACGCCAGUGCUAAAUUGGAUUUUGCCAAUAAUGUCCAGCUCUCCUUGACAUUAGCAGCCCUGUCUUUGGGCCUUUGGUGGACAUUUGACCGUUCGAGAAGUGGCCUUGGGCUUGGGAUCACCAUCGCCUUCCUGGCCACUCUGAUCACUCAGCUGCUGGUGUACAAUGGUGUCUAUCAGUACACAUCCCCGGAUUUUCUCUACAUCCGCUCCUGGCUGCCGUGUAUCUUCUUCUCGGGAGGUGUCACCGUGGGCAACAUAGGCCGGCAGCUGGCUAUGGGGGUUCCUGAAAAGCCACAUAGCGACUGAGUCUUCUAACCCACCAGAGAAGAGCCAAGAUUUGGGAAGAAAGUCUGUGACGUUGGAUUGUGACAAAGAUUAUCUUUUUUCUCAGUGAUCCAUUUAGAUUGGGCUGACUAUACCAGUGACUCCCGGAAAAAUAACUCACCUGUCUUAGAAUAGCGAGUGGGGAAGAACUGCUUCUCUCGAAAUGGUACCUUGCUUGCCGCGUCCAUGCCCGUGUCCUCCGCUCUGGAGACGCGACCCCAGGCGGGCGCGGGAGUGCCGGCGGGCACGGCUUCCCGAGUAUUCGAUCUCAUUUACGUUAUUAAAAGCAAGUUGCCGUAUUUCACAGCCUUGAACUAAAGCCUGAUUACCAGCUGUUGGUUUUGUGUCGGUGCCCACGGGGGAUAGCUUGAUGGUGCUUAACAAAGGUGAAGUGUGGAAAAAUAGGAAUAAUAUUUAUCCAAAAGAUUUUUUAAAAAUAGGGUUGUGUAAAAAGAGGAGUGGCGGUGAGCGCAGGGAGGCCGCUCGCGUGCGGCCGCGGUGCUGAGACGCUUCACGCUCACGUGCAACACGUGUGUACCACAGUGCACAGCCGUGCUCUCCUUCCUCCCGCGGAGUUUUGUGCAGACAAUCUUCCCGAGCACAGAGGGCAGUGAGGGCCGCAGGCCACACUGUGACGUUCUGGAAUUCCCACCUCGAUACUUGAGAAGUUUCAUCCAAAAUCCAUGGUCCUCUGAGGGAGUCCCGUCUGCCGUGUAUCUCAGUCCUGGUGAGCCAGAGUCCUGUGUGGUUUCCUCCAUCCUCCAGAACAGACGUGGCGAUUCUCCCACAGCCCUAUGGAAUCUGCAAUCUGUGAUUGCCUUGUAAACGACGCGUGCACACGCCGCCACAUGGAACAUUGGGUGUCUCUAAAUACUCAAAGAUAUUGGUGAGCACAAUGUAUUCACUGAAUGGCAUAGACCAUCCUAGACCCACUUUGCAAGGAUUGGGUCUCAAACGUCAAGUGCAAUGUAUAUGAAAACCAAUCUGAGCCUUGUAUUCUCUUAAAUAUUUAUUUUUUUUUAACGUGUGAGAGGUUAAAGAGGGUUCUCCAUUCAUUUCAGUGCUGCAUGGAGGCAGAAUUCAGCAAUAAUUUCUUUCAGUUAUGAAGUUACUCUGUUGUGCCCUCCACUGAGCCCUGGUCCUUUGAAAUACUCCAGUUGUGUGGGUUUAGUAGACUUGUCAUUUUUACUUACAAAUUUACCUUUUUGUACUUUGCAAUUUAAAUGUUUUUGUUUUAAAUUCUGUGAAAGUGACUUCAUUACGAGACUCCUUUUGACUAGAAACGGGCGACGGGCAGGACGGGGGUCGGAGGGCCUGGUGGCUGCGGCUACAGACAUGCGCCCUCGGUUCCGCUCGCGCAGUGAUCUCGUUGCGGUUAUUUGGUUUUGUUCUGAGAAAAAUACCUUGGAGUAAAUUGUAGGUGACUGUGUAGCUGAUCUGUUUUAGAGGAAUUUUGCGUAAAAGAAAAUGGGAUCAUUCUGAACUUCACACUGACCCCUUACGUGUUUUCUGAAAGUGAAGAUGGAUGAUCAGCUGCGUGAAAAGAUUUUUCAAGGAAGAGGUCAGCAUUUUGUGAAAAACCAGAAGUUAUUAGGUGAAAGAAGUAAUUGAAUCUUUAAAAUAUACUUGAUCAUGUACAAACAGUAAGUAUUUUUUUCUCUGAAACUGGAAGUAAAACUAUAUCUGUUAGAAAUAAUGUAGCCAAAAAAUGUGAAUCUGAAGAAUUUUUUUGCCAAUACUUUAUAGCAAGUAUAUGAACCAAAGUGAUUUGCGUUUGUAAAAAUGUAAGAUAUUAUGAACAAAAUUUGCACUAUACCGGAUACAAACAUCUAGUGAGAUUCACAUUCAUACUAAGUUUUCAGCACUGUGUUCUUUUUGCAUUCAUUUUUUACUUUUAUUAAAGGUUCAAAACCAG